CUGGCGAGCGGCAACGCGCAGGACUACACGUUCACUCCCGUUGCAACAUGCGAGCACAAUAACGUGCGUAUAAUACGUAACGGUGCGCGGUGCGUUGUGUACGCGCAGGGCGCGCGAACGAUGCGUCUCCGAGCUCGUGCUUUCAGGCUGCCGCCCAGAGCCGUCGCGUCCCGGAGACGCAGCUCGCGUAGCCCGCGCGUUGCACACAAAAUGGAGGCUCGACCCGGCUCUGCGGCGACGUCUUCGGCGGUUCGCGCUGCAUAAACGCGCCCCUAAGAGCCUGCGCGCGCGCGAUAUUAACGGAGCUGUGGCGCUUUGCGACGUCUGAACUGUUUCCCUCGCCGUGGCGAGCGGCAGUGCGCGUCGGGAGCGCUGACGUUCCGCGCCUCUCUUUUUGUUCUGUCUCCAUCUCGCGCAGCCUUUUUUUUUUUUUUUUUUUUUUCCGUUUUUGGCGGGAUGUCGGAGCCGCGCGACGCGGACGCCGCCGCCGCCGCCGCCGCCGGCCCGUCGUGCCCACGACCCGGCUUCCCCCUGGGCAGAAGCCUGCCGGGCAGGGCGGCGCUGAGCCCCACACCCCCGCCGGGAAGGCUGAGCUCGCUGCGCUCCAGAGACCUCACGCUGGGCGGCUUUAAGAAGAAAACCUUUGUCCCCAAUGUGCAUUCUGUUCGGAAAACAAAAGAUGAGGCAAAAGAAGAAGCUCACACCGCUCCGAAGAAGGAGAAACGAGAGCGGGAGGAGAGGUCCAGGGAAGGCCGAGGCAGGAGAAGGGAGCGGCCGCAGACUAUCCAGUCACACUCUAUUUUUGAACAGGGUCCUGCCGACACUAUUAGGAAAACAGGCAGCUGGGGGAGGACAGAACAGAGCGAGUGUGGACCCUCGCCGGUGUUAAAGUCCAUCAAAAAGGAGAAGCUCGUUUCGGAGGACGACGAGGAUGAGAUUUUACAGAAGCUCCAGCGGGACGAUUUUUUGGACGACCCAGGUUUGAAAAAUGAUGCAAGAAACAGACCCAUUCAACUGCCUCUGCAUAAGUCAAGUGAUUUUUUCAUUACUAAUGAGCCAACAAGUCAAGUUAAAGAAGAAGCGGCUAUCGACCGUACAGGUUACAGAGUACCGAGCACAAAGCCCCAGAGGUACCCUGUGGUCACAAACGGGGCCUUGACCCCUCGGGAACCUGGCGUUGCAGAACUUUUCCAGCAGCUCAGCAUAUCAGAGGAGGAAACUCUGCUGUUUAUUCAGCUUCCAGACAGUGUGCCGGGUCAGCCGGCAUCACACGACGACAAGCUCAAUAAAAGGGACUGCAAGUCUGAAGACAAACAUGUACCUCAAUUCAAAGCACAGGAACCUGUAGGAAAAGAAACAGCACCUGUGCUGUCAGACUUUUCUGAGGGAUUGAUAGGAAAAGUCCAGAUUAGAAAAUCUGGGAAAGUUCAGCUGGUCUUGGGGGAAGUCAUCAUGGAUGUUUCAGAAGGAGCAGCAUUCUCUUUUCUGCAGCAACUCGUGUCCGUCCGGUUGUCCGAAGGCUUCACGGGCGACAUGUGCGUCCUGGGAAACGUCAAGCACAAGCUGGUCUGCUCUCCGGACUUUGAGUCUCUUCUGCAAGAGGUUGAGCGAUCAUCCAGUGCUCGCUCAGAGAACUCCUAGUGCCGCAUUGACCGCCACUAGAAACUAAAGCUUUGUUGUGUUCUUGCAUAAAUGUGUAUAUUGGACUGUACAACCUACUGCUGAUUCAUGUUCCCCCCACAGUGCGUUCACAAGAACUUGUCAGUACUUGUAUAGAACA